AUGAAACCGUACGAACGUCUCUAUCAUAUAUCGAGCCUUCUCUUACUGGCUUUGCUGCUAGCUUUGUUAAGUCAUACGACUCGAGCAGAUGUUACCACUGAUCCAGAAAUCUGUAAUAACCAUGGAGAAUGCUAUCCGAGAAUAUUCGAAGCAACAGAAGAGUAUAAAGAAGUACGACCUGACCAAGAGAUUCCUCCUGGUUUGCUUGUACGUAUCAACAUGGAAACUGGCAAGAAAUAUGCCAAACUCAACGACAAUUCUCCAGUUACGGACGUACAAACUAUUGAUAUAUCCAAUGCUGAACUUGAUUCCGAAAACAGUUCUCCAUACAAUAACUCAUCCAGUCAGCCUGUCGCUGGUCCUAAAGUCACUUUCCACGGACACCUUCCUCAAAAUCACACUGAUAACCAUUCACCAAAUAAGAAAAUACCACUAUCCGAACAUGAGCGGUUUGAUGAUUACGUGAAUAUUUUAAAGAAUGAUAAUAUCGACGUGAAAGAAUUGCUUGGAGCUUUAGAGGAGCUGGAGGACUUGGUACAUGAAUUAGAGUUUGGAAUAAAACUCGCAAAAGGAGAAGGUUUAGAGUUGAUUGUCAAAUUAUUCGAACAUGAUGAGAACAGGGUUAAGAAAAUGGCAGCAGUUGUAGUGGGCAGCGCAAUGCAGAAUAAUCCCAAGGCUCAAUCGCUUUCCCAAACUCAUAACCUGAUAGCAAUUCUUUUGAAAUUCCUAUCUACUGAACGAAAUGCACAGGUGGCAUCUCGCUUUCUCUACGCUCUUUCCAGCAUAGUUCGUGGCAGUUCAUCCGCGUCCGAAUCCCUUGCACGUCAUUACGGUCUAUCUGUUCUAAUCGAUACAUACGUGUCCUCGACAAGCGAUGACUAUAGAGCUAAAUGUGCUCUUUUUGUAACGGACCUGCUUGAUCCGAACAUGAUGGCAUCAGAUAAGAAGGUGUAUUUAGAGCAAGGAGACGGGAUGAAGGUUCUACCGGAAACGGGAAUUCUGAGUGAAUGGUGCGAUGUCUUCCAGGCCACUCUUUUUGAAGAGGGGACCGGAAAUGCUAGGGACAUAAAAUUCGAUACGCGGGAAAAAGUGCUGGGUGGCUUGGUUAUGAUUAAGAAGAGAUUUCCUGAAAUAUGCGAGGCCACAGAUGGUUUGAGGAUAUGGCUACGCGAGCAGAAAACUGUUGCAAGUGAACAAGAAUUGGACGAUUAUUACAUUUUUAUUGAAAAGGCCAGGAAAUUGUUUGACUUCGAUCAGUAG